AUGACGAUGGAGAGCGCCGUUGAUCACGAUGUCGUCGUGGUGGAUGAGUUUGAUGCUCUGGCUAUCGAGGUGAAGACUUCACCGACGAUCGAGUCUGUCAACUCUGUCGCGCCGAUCCCGGCCAAGUAUCCCGCCAAACUCCACGCCCGCAAGGUCGCCGCCGAGCUCAACGUCAGCGAUGGCCUCGUCUUCCUCCCCGGCGAACCAAGCCGCGAAUAUGAAGACUCGGACAUGGGCCCGGCCUUCAGGCAACGACGAUACUUCUACUACCUGAGCGGCGCCAACUUCGCCGACUGCGCCGUCACCUACGAGCUCGCCUCGGACCGCCUCAUCCUCUGGGUCCCCUACGUCGAGCCGCGCCAGGUCCUCUGGUUCGGCCGCACCCCGGGCAUCGCCGAGUGCCUCAAGCAGUUCGACGUCGACGACGUCCGCUACACCACCCAGCUCAACAAGUUCCUCUACCGCCACCUCGCCCCCGGGUCGACCCUCUACGUCAUCCACCCGGACCAGGUGCCCCUCUCGGGCGAGUUCCUCCGCGAGAUGGCCGACGUCCGCGUCGACCUCACCUCCCUCCAGCCCGCCGUCGACCAGGCCCGCGUCGUCAAGACCGAGUACGAGGUCGCCAUGAUCCGCAAGGCCAACGCCGUCUCCGCCGCCGCCCACCGCCGCGUCGCAGAGCGCCUGCUCCACCUCGAGAACGAGGCCGAGAUCGAGGCCAUCUUCCAGGCCCGCUGCACCACCGCCGGCACCCGCGACCAGGCUUACGCCAUCAUCGCCGGCAGCGGCCCCAACGCGGGCACCCUCCACUACGACGCAAACGACCAGCCCCUCGAGGGCCGCGACGUCGUCGUCUUCGACGCCGGCUGUGAGUGGCGCUGCUACGCCAGCGACAUCACCCGCACCCUCCCCAUCCCGGGCCGCUUCUCCCCCGAGGCGAAAGCCGUCCACGACAUCGUCGAGCGCAUGCAGGACGAGUGCAUCGCCAUGAUCCGCCCCGGCACGCUCUUCUUCGACCUGCACAUCCACGCCAGCCAGGUCGCCCAGGAGGGCCUGCUCGCUCUCGGCGUGCUCCGGGGCGACCCCGCCGAGGUCUGGGACGCCGGCACCGUCGCCGCCUUCUUCCCCCACGGCCUGGGCCACCACGUCGGCCUCGAGGUGCACGACGUCUCGGGCAGGGAGCGGCUUCUCCUACUGAACAACGCCAUGGGCGGCGGCGCCGGCGGGCGCGUGGGCAAGCGGGAGGUCAUCACGCCGGAGAUGAUGGGCGCCAUGGCGCGGGCCACGGCCGCCGCCGCGUCGGUGCCCCCGCCGUACAAGGGCCGGCAGUACCUGAAGAAGAACAUGAUUGUCACCGUCGAGCCGGGCGUGGAAUACAUCGAGGGCUACUUCCUCAGCAACCCCCGCCACGCGCGCUUCAUCAACAAGGCCGUGCUGGAGAAGUACUACCGCGUCGGCGGCGUGCGCAUCGAGGACGACAUCCUAGUCACGGACGACGGCUACGAGAACCUCUCGACCGGGGCGCCAAAGGGCGAGGAGCUGUUGAGAGUCAUCAAUGGCAAGGCCUAA